AUGCCUUGCGGAUUUCAGUACCCCAACGCCACCAACAAGCCGAUCCUUCACCGGGACUACCUUGGAUGCCAAGGCCGCGGCUUCCGACAUCCAAGGGAAAAGGACGAGCAAGGCCAAGCGCGCGCAGCUUCCCUCGGCGGCGAGGACGACCCUGACAAUGCCGAGGGCGACGUGUGCUAUGAGGACGAGGACGACGAGGCCGACGCCUACGUGGACUACGCCGGCCCCGAGGACGCUCAGGCCGUCGACGCGCUGCUCCAGGACUGCGACUUCGAGGAGGACACUGAGGCCCAGGGCGAGAUCUCCUUCGAUAAGGCCAAGACGCUAGGCGAAACGCGCAAAGUUCCUGAAGCAGGAGCCCGAUCGACCGCUGCCGCUCCGAAGAAGGAGUUUGCUCCAAAGAUUCUACGUGGCAGGGCGCGGACGAGGUCGAGGAACGGCGAGCACGCCGUUGGGAACACCGACGCCGCCCUGGACUGCCACAAGGUUGCCAUUGCCGAGCGCGCGAACGAGAAUGCCCUAACAAAGGUCUCCUUCGAUAACGCCUUUGAGUACCAGAAGGGCGGCAAGGCGGACUACCUCAAGUUCCAGACUUUCGUGACGCCUCGACUCGGGCUGCGCCAAGACCAUGCAUGGCUCCGAUUGGGCAUCACGGUUCGAGGCCGAGCUGAAGAAUUUGGGGAUGAAGUUCGAGACCCUCGACAGCAAGCAGACCUUCAACCGAUCGCCAUUGAAGGCAUUGAGGGCAAGCUUUACAGCAGUGAGGCCCCGGGCGCGCUUCCCCUUCUUCUGUCGAAGGCCGAGCGGGCCUUGGGUGCGGUGCGUUCCACACCACUCG